AUGAGCCGGAGGAGAGUGAGAGGUGGAGAAGAAAAUGAAAAAGUGAUGAGUCCUAUAUUUUCUAGGCUUCAUGUAAAUGAAACAGAGAAAGGAGGGUUAAGAGGACCUCCAAGGAUUAUGGCUCUCUAUGACCAGUUCAGUAGCCCUGUCUGUUCAAUCACCAUGUUGCCUCCUGCUAACAACAAUAGCAGCAGCUUGGUUUCAUCCACAUCCUGGAGUGAUGUUGGUGCCAAUCAAAGGAGUAUAUUGACUCCAUAUUGCUACUCAGUUGUGCCUUCUCAUCCCUCUGAGAAAAUUCAGUCUGAUUCUUCAACUGGGCCUAAGUUAUAUACUACAAUGACAGAUUAUGAAAGGGUAUCCUCCAAAUUAAAUUCUCAAGGUUUUGUUUCCACAGGGCCAUCGUCAUCUUCAGCUAACUGUGAUUCAUUUAGAUCACAUACUAUCUCCAACUUAAGAAAUUUUCGUUCGAAGAAGUUUGGGAAUGAGGAUGAAUUUCAGUCCCCUAUCUCGUCCCAAGUAACAACUUUGCAUUGUAGAGACAGUCUGCGAAGCAAAGGGAAGGAUAAUCUACAUCAAUCGAGUUACACAUUGCAACUCAAAGGUGAUUACAUUGAGAAAAUGAAUGGAAGUAGCACCGUACAGCUGAACUCGAGACAAUAUUUGGGAAACCACAAUGAAGAGAGUCCUAAAGCAUGUCAGAUUAUUGAGGACCCUGUGGAAAAGUCUAUUUCUCUCACUUUAGCUAGAGUCAGGGAGUUUGAAAAUAUUUCAUCAACCCCAUCACAAAGAGUCGAGCAUUUUGAAUCAUUAAAGCGAAAACAUGAAUCUGUGAGUCAAGAAAGUAGAAGUAGAUCAGUGACUGAUUUUAACAAACUACAUUGUCCUAAUGCACACUUCAACACGGAGCAUUUGCUUGUGCAUGACAGAGAGGCCAUCAAGGAUGACAGUGUGAUGAUAUCCAGAAUAGCUGUGGCAGAAGUUUCAUCAAAGAGGGUAAAGGAAUCAUAUACGAGGUCAUUUCUUGAGGAUGAAACUAAGUUUCCAAAUGGGAUUGAAAACAGCAGUGAAACAAGUCAAGAAAAUUGUGAGGUUGUGCAUGUUGGAUCUUUAAACUGCAGACGUGGAGAUGUCUCAGACAUGACCAUGGGGGAGUCUAGUACAUCUCUGGAUAUCUCCCCAGAUGAUGUCAUAGGAGUAAUAGGUGAUAACCAGUUCUGCAAAACAAGGAAAGCUAUUGUCAACCAACAAAGAGUCUUUGCAAUGCAAGUGUUUGAGUUGCAUAGGCUAAUAAAGGUUCAAAAGUUGAUUGCUGGAUCACCAGAUCUAUUCUUCAAAGGUAAACCACUUAUCAAAAAUCCUGCAGUGGAAAUAUCAGUACUGAACAACGUGCCAAUAGAGCGAGCUCAAGAGCCAACUCCUUCAAUUGUGAAACCCAAAGACUAUCCUCAGAAGCCAUAUUCAAACACUGAAUGUGGUGAGGAAAGUACAGUAGGGAAAUUCCCUCUUCCUUUUGUCUACAAUGAUGCUAGUAGCAGAGGACUAGUUAUACAGAAAUCAAAUAAUGGUCAAUAUUCGAGGAAAACAUCACCAGCUUCUGAAGCCACCUAUAGCAAACCCGCCUCAUGGUGUUUCCAACCUCCACCAGGAAAUAUGUGGUUAGUUCCAGUAAUGUCACCUUCUGAGGGACUAACUUACAGGCCCUAUAGAGGGCCAUGCCCUCCAACCGGAGGUUUCAUGCCACCAAUUUAUGGUAGCCUUGAUCCAGGAAACAAAAACUACUCGAAUGCAGCUUAUGGUAUUCCACUUACUUAUCAACAAGGGAUGGGAAUAGGCACACCGCCUUUGCUUCAGACUUAUUUUCCAACUUAUACCCCGCCGGUCAUCAAUCAUUCCAGUCAUGAAAACCCGUUAUCUUUUGGGGAAACUAAUUUCACUUUGCCUCAUCAAAGAUCAUGCAACAUGUCCAACCAGAUGAGAGAAGUAAUGUCAUAUUACAUGGGGAACAUUCCAGCUCCUAUAGUGAAUGAAUUACAAGGUAGUACACCCAACAGCCCUUCAGACAAGACCAAAGGUAAUGUGCUUCCCCUUUUUCCUACUGCACCUCAAGGUGAGGAAUUUGCUGAAAUUGAGCAAAUGAGUGAGCAUCAAUCGCGCGCGAUCAAGGUUAUUCCUCACAGUUUUAGAUCAGCAACUGAAUCAGCAGCACGUAUAUUUUUGUCAAUACAAGAAGAGAGGAAGUAA